GGAGACUUCUUUAGUGACUGCUGCUGUGUAAACGUCCGACAGUCGCCGCUAAAACUACAGAAACUGUGGCGUUUCUUUGCCAAAAUAUAUCCCACAAUCCCUCCUCACCGGGUGGUGUAUUCAUUUGAAUGGUAAAACAGACUUGCUAACACGGACGGGAGGUGAACUUUCAGUUUUACCUGGUUUUCGGCUUUCGGAUUUACACACCCGAGGGGACCUGUUGGAUUUAACAAAAUGAACCGCGUCCCUUAUUAUGGCAUUUGGUAAGCAUGUUUGCCGACAGAAAGCCUUUAAUGUCAGCAACCAUAAAUCCAAUGGCUUUCAGCGAACCUGUCUGCACGUUUCUACUGAAAAGAUCAUGAAGCAGGUGGAAAUUAAAAAUAAGGAAGAAUUAGAUAAGAACAGAUUUCCGGUGCAUUUCAGAAAGCAGAGUCCAGGCAAAGUGAAGCGGUUGUCGUUUUGCAAGAGGAAGAGUUGUUCGUCAGUGGAGGUGGGCACAAAGCUUCACUGCAGGUUGUCAGAUGUAGGCCGUCCCCGUGACCCCGGCAUGGCCAACAAAGAAAAUGAGCUGUCGUGCUCCGAUGAUGUGCGGGGCAUUCGCUGCUAUGAUAACCACGGGCUGCUGGUGAACUCUGCAGAGGCUUCCAAGAUGGCAGGGGCCAGCUCUAAGUACAGCGACUUCACUGAGUUAUCGAAGGAACACGAAGCUAUGUCUCGCAUCCUUUUUGGAAGAGAUCUUCGACUUAAAGUUGCACUAACAUUAUGGCGAAGAAAUGCCAGUGAAUUGGUGUCCUAUCUAAUAAGAAUACAAGACACAAGUGUUCUGCUCGACUGCUUACCGGUCUUAACAAACAACCUUCAAACUGAAACGCCGUGUUUGUCACUUGGCUGCUGUGUUGACCUCAUGCCUCACGUCAAAGUGGUUCUCUCCAGUAAACAUGAAGAACACAUAACCGCAGGUUUACACUGGAUCCAGUCUGUCGUCAAAAAGUGGUGGCCAGAUCUUUCUAAAAGUGAGAAGAGACUGCGGGACAGUUGUUCAGAUGACAGAAACAUUGAGAUGAUGAGACAGCGACUGAAGGACUUGUGGAAGGAAGGAUCUCGAUUAUGUUCGGUUCCAGGAUCUAUUGGAGAACUGGCAAAGGCCAUUGAGGCGUACCUGUUGCAGCUGCCCUGACAGGAGUUGCUGAAGCACUCCGAGGAUAAGACCACUACUGCUGAUCACGGUUGUGUUUUCAACUGAUAAUGUUGCCAGAGAGAUGGACUGGUGCAUUCUCUUCACACUCAAACCUCUUAUCUGGGACUGAACUUGACAAUUCAGACAGAUCUUCUCAGUUUGGGAGCUGAGGACUCCUGAGGAGGGCUUCAACGUCCUGCCUGCACAGCAAAUGACUGCUUCACAUUGAAGUGGACCGUCUGGUGAAGGGGCACGUUUAGUGGACCUGGUGAGACAGGGUGUAAUGUCGCUCUAUGAAGUGCCAAUGUCUUUGUCUCUUCCUGUGCCGCUCUGCGUUGUUUUCUAUGCCCUGCUGUUUUUUUUUUUUGUUGUUUGUUUUUCACCUGGUUUCUCUGGAAUCGGGAACUUGAAUCUCCACCUGUCUUUAAGUUAUUACCAGUGCUUGUUUUCAUUUUGCCUCUUCCUGUGAUGUUUGAUUAUAUAAUGUAAACUGUCAAAACAAAUUAUUCUUUUAAUUUUCUUUUAAAUAAAUCUCUUUGACUAAA